AUGGUGGGUCUAAUAUCGGAACGCUUGAAGGUUUCCCUCUCUGAAACCCUCACUCACUUCUACCUACUUGCGGGAAGAUUGAGAGACAACCUCUUAGUUGAUCGCAACGAUGAUGGUGUUGAUUUUGUUGAAGCUCGAGUCAUCAACAACUUCCAUCUUUCAAACUUUCUUGAUCGACCCAAACUUAAAGUCAUCGACCAUUUGGCUCCACCCGAACCAACAGAUUACUACAAGACCCCUCUUUUACUCGUUCAAGUUAACCUUUUUCCAUGCAACAGAGUUGUGGUUACUGUGAAAAUGUCCCACAAAAUUGCUGAUGGAUUCUCCGUUGGCAUAUUUAUGAAGGGUUGGUCAGACAACGCUCUUGGAUCUCCUGACGCCAUAGUCCCAGAUUUUAAUGCUACCUCCUCUUGCUUCCCUCCAAGAGACGACAUCCCUAUAAUUUCUCUUACCUUCAAGAACAUAACCCAAAAGGUUGUUAAAAAGAGGUUUGUCAUCGAUGCCUUAAAAAUCACUUCCCUCAAGGCCAAAACAGAAAGUGAGAGCUUGUAA